AUGGCAAACGCAUACUUACUUAGUAGGAGAUUUGACUCGUCGGAAAAGUAUCUCUCAAGAGCUCACACGAUACAGAAGAAAAUCUAUCCGGAUCAUCAUCCAGAUCUUGUUCUCACGUUGAAUAAUCUCGGUGUAUUACACACGUAUAAAGGUGAUUCGAUCAAAGCUAAAUCCUUUUUCGAUCUUGCCCUUGUGAUGUGUCGACAAUGUUUCUCCCCAGUGCAUCCGGCUUUAGCUCGCACUAUGUACAACGUUGGCGAACACUACACUCACACAAAGAACUAUGACGAAGCUAUUAGAACAUAUAUCGAAGCACUUAAGAUCCGCGAGAAAACCGUACCUUCAAAUGAUCUUAGUCUUGCAGAUAUUAACUCACAAAUUGGGUAUGUUUAUUGGAUUCAGAAGAAGUAUGUUGAGUCAUUCCAGCACUGGACGAUAAGCAAAGGUAUAUAUGAGAACAAUGGCUAUACAACUAACCAUCCAGAUUUGAAUCGUGUUAUGAAGAACCUGCAAUUGGCAGCGGCAGCGACUGAAACGCCGACUAACUAA